GGAAAAUGGAGAAAUUCGAGCUAAUAUUCAUCCCAUCUCCGGGGCUGAGCCACCUCACCGCCACCGUGGAAGCCACCAAGCUCCUCCUCGACCGCGACCCCCGCCUCUCCGUCACCGUCCUCACCAUGCAGCUCCCCAACGACACCGCCGUCGACGCCUACACCGCCAACUUCUCCGCCUCCCCGCGCCUCACCUUCUCCGCCCUUCCCCCGCAAUCGAAAGCCUUCAUGCUAGACCUCAUCGACAGCCAGAUCACAAACGUCAGACACGCAAUCGACCAACGCCGCCGCGGCCGCCGGAUCGCCGGAAUCGUGCUCGACAUUUUCUGCCUCAAAUUCGUCGACGUUGCUCGGGAGUUCGGCUUUCCGGCCUACUGUUUCUUCACCUCCGGCGCCGGCACGUUAGGCCUGUUUCAGUACUUGCUCUCGCUGAAGUUUGAUGAGGAAAAGGAGCUGUCGGAGUUUAAAAACUCCGGCGAGGAGCUUCCCGUGCCGUGCUUUUCUCUCCCUGUUCCGGCGAAGGUCCUGCCGGCGGUGUUGAUCGCCGGCGGCCCGAUCGCCGACCACUUUUUGAACAUUUUAAGGAGAAUUCCGGAGAUGGAAGGAGUUGUGGUGAAUACGUUUCACGAAUUUGAAUCUUAUGCGAUCGACUCGAUGGCGGGAAAAAACCCUAGAAUUUAUCCGGUGGGGCCGAUUUUGGACUUGGCCGGCGUGUCGAGGGAGGAUGAUGUGAAGAGAUGGCUCGACGAUCAGCCGGAGAAGUCUGUGGUUUUCUUGUGCUUUGGCACUAAUGGGAAAAACCACCGCCGGAAAAUGGAGAAAUUCGAGCUAAUAUUCAUCCCAUCUCCGGGGCUGAGCCACCUCACCGCCACCGUGGAAGCCACCAAGCUCCUCCUCGACCGCGACCCCCGCCUCUCCGUCACCGUCCUCACCAUGCAGCUCCCCAACGACACCGCCGUCGACGCCUACACCGCCAACUUCUCCGCCUCCCCGCGCCUCACCUUCUCCGCCCUUCCCCCGCAAUCGAAAGCCUUCAUGCUAGACCUCAUCGACAGCCAGAUCACAAACGUCAGACACGCAAUCGACCAACGCCGCCGCGGCCGCCGGAUCGCCGGAAUCGUGCUCGACAUUUUCUGCCUCAAAUUCGUCGACGUUGCUCGGGAGUUCGGCUUUCCGGCCUACUGUUUCUUCACCUCCGGCGCCGGCACGUUAGGCCUGUUUCAGUACUUGCUCUCGCUGAAGUUUGAUGAGGAAAAGGAGCUGUCGGAGUUUAAAAACUCCGGCGAGGAGCUUCCCGUGCCGUGCUUUUCUCUCCCUGUUCCGGCGAAGGUCCUGCCGGCGGUGUUGAUCGCCGGCGGCCCGAUCGCCGACCACUUUUUGAACAUUUUAAGGAGAAUUCCGGAGAUGGAAGGAGUUGUGGUGAAUACGUUUCACGAAUUUGAAUCUUAUGCGAUCGACUCGAUGGCGGGAAAAAACCCUAGAAUUUAUCCGGUGGGGCCGAUUUUGGACUUGGCCGGCGUGUCGAGGGAGGAUGAUGUGAAGAGAUGGCUCGACGAUCAGCCGGAGAAGUCUGUGGUUUUCUUGUGCUUUGGCACUAAUGGGAGUUUCAGCGGAGAGCAAGUGAAGGAGAUAGCUCUAGCUCUUGAAAACAGUGAAUGUCGGUUUCUAUGGUCGUUGAGGAAGCCGGUGUCGGAGGGGGUUGAGAAGGUGGUGGUGGAGUACGAAGAUUUCGGUGAGGUGUUGCCCGAGGGGUUCUUGGAGAGGACGAAGGGGGUCGGGAGGGUGGUCGGGUGGGUGGGGCAGGUCGGGGUGUUGGCUCAUAGGGCGGUUGGGGGAUUUGUGUCGCACUGUGGAUGGAAUUCGACUUUGGAGAGUGUGUGGUUUGGGGUGCCGAUGGCUACUUUCCCGCUCUAUGCAGAGCAGCAGCUGAAUGCGUUUUAUCUGGUGAAGGAGUUGGGGAUGGCGGAGAUGAUUAGGUUGGAUUAUAAGACGGAUUUUAGGGGGGAGGAGGAGGUGGAGAUUGUCGGGGCAGGGGAGAUCGAGGGGGCGAUACGGAGGCUGAUGACGGCCGAGGGGGGUGGGGUGAGGGGGAAGGUGGAGGAGAUGGGGAGGAAGGGAAGGGCAGCUUUGGAGAUAGGUGGAUCUUCUUAUAAAGCUCAGGUUGAGUUUAUUGAGGAUGUGAUAAGAAAAGUUGGUUAG